AUGAACGAGCGAAUUAUAUUAUUCAUCAAGUUUACCUUCGCAAGGCCAUUGUUAUUUCUCGAAGAAGACGCGCUAGAAGAUUUUAGCGGAGUUCCCACAGAAGAGCCCAAUGAUUCCGUGGUAAUUGGGUUAUCGCCGACCAAUUUCCGUUAUGACAUGCUCAACAAGGCUUUUCGCAUUUUGAUCAACAGCAAGGAUGCGCCUUUGAUCGCUGUUCACAAGGGUAAGUACUAUGCCGAGCAAGAUGGUCUCAGUAUGGGGCCCGGAGCAUUCGUGGAAGCGUUGGAAUAUUCAAGCGGAGUCAAAUCUACUGUUGUCGGCAAACCGGAAAAGGCUAUUUAUGAAAUGGCAAUUGAAGACAUGGGCCUUAAGGGUCAGGAAAAACAUGUCGUUAUGAUUGGUGACGAUAUCUGGCAAGAUCUUGGAGGUGGCGCGAAAGAAUUAGGCAUGAUCAGAUAUCUUGUUAAGACUGGUAAGUAUCGAAGUGGUGAUGAGUCUCGCGAUCCCACUAUUGAUGGUGUUUUCGAAAACUUUGAGAAGGCCGUUGAUAGAAUUGUGAAUGGAUAG